CCUCCUAGAUUUUGAGUUAACCAUGGAGUGUCAGUCCAAAGAGUUGGUGGCUCUGCGCUCGGAGCGGACCAAGCUGAAGGAGGCACUGGAGCAGGCCCACAGAGACAAAGAGGAACUUGUGCAGCGAUGGAUCGAGGAAAAGAGUGCUGAAGCAGAUCGACUGAAUAAACACAAUGACUUAACGCAAAGGUGGCAACAUGUGGGCAAACAGCUGAAGAAGCACUCCCACAGGGAAAGAGGAAAACGAUUUACUCACUUACUGACAGACGCUACAGAUGGUGCAAGAGAAGCAUCUCAGUCGGUCACUCAGGAAAAGCGUCCUAGAUUGCUCACCAGUACAACUUCAGAGAGAAGAUUGUACAAGCUAUUAUUCAAUUUCCUAAGCAAAUAAACUGGACUACUUUCCCCGUUCUGCAUUACUGUCAGAAUUCCAGAUCCGCAGCUCCAUGGUGAUCCGGUAUCAGAUUUCACGUUGCCUGUUCCAGGUUUCCAUGGU